UGUGAUAACUGGCUUGUUGUGGUGACUUUGGGUUGAACUAUUAUGAGUUCUCAGAGGGGUAAUGUUUCCCGUACUCGUUCUCAAAAGCCCCAGAAUACAACAGUGUUUAAAAAUGACAAAUACGAUGCAACUAACACUCUAAAGAAACUGAAUACAAAAGUUCAUGAUGGAGUUUGUCAACGGUGUAAGGACAUACUGAAAUGGAAAAUUAAAUAUAAUAAGUACAAGCUGCUUACAAAGCCUAAGACAUGUGUGAAAUACUUUCAGAAGACUGUGAAGGAGGCGUAUCAUGUCUUGUGCAAACCGUGUGCCCUUAAAUUAGGAUUCUGUGCAAAAUGUGGAAGGAGUGAGCAAAUUAUUUCUUUGAAUGAAAACAAUCCUGAAGAGCUUCUUGCUGAAGGCAGAAGUAAUGUAGGUAACACUAUCAAAAGAAAUAGGAAAGAUGAAGGUGAUCAAUAUGACUCUGACAGUGACGAGGAUGAAAAUGAUAAAACAGAGGACUCUGAAUGUGAAGUGAAAGAAUGUAAAGUCCAUUACUCACAGAAAUCAAAUACACCUUCACCAUGCAACACGUCAGCACAAAGACCAUCAAAAUCUCAACAGAGACAUGCCAUUCCAGCAGAAAAGAACAAAGUGCAAGAACUACCAGAUGUUGCUGCUGUAACAUUGCAGUCUGACACAGACCUUUGUAAAGUGUAG